AUGAUCUCCUUUAAGCUAAACGUCGAUCCAGCAGCGCUGCUUCCUGAACUUCCGAAUCUUGCUGAUAUGCGGCCAUUCCCAACUACGCUUAGUUUUUAUAUGUAUGGUCAUUCCGGUCAAGUGAGAAGUUUGUCGUUUGAACCUCACGCAACCGAAAUUUUUGCUUCUGGUGGUGAAGAUGGAACAUUGCGAUUGUGGUGUAUAGGUGAUGGACGUUGUCUCAAAGUAAGAAUUCCGUAUAAUCGUUGCUUAAUUUUCAUUUUCCUGUAUUGA